AUGGUGUCAAAUGUGUUUUACAAAACUCGUUAUCAUAUUGGAAAAAGUGUGAAAGAAUUUCUUACGGGUUAUUUCACUGAAUAUGAAACACCAAAAUUAGUUGUUAUAAAUAAUCCAAAAUAUGCUACUUUACUUCGUAUUAUACAAAUCAUGAUUCUUCUUUAUUCUGUAAUAUAUUUACUUAUAUAUGAAAAAGGUUAUCAAAAACAAGAUACAGCACCUAUAUUUGCGGUAACACUUAAAGUAAAAGGUAUCGGUUAUGUUCAAACAACAGAAAAUAAAACUAUUAUUAUUGAUGUAGCAGAUUAUAUUAUUCCAGCAUCGGAAAAUAAUGCUAUUUUUAUAAUGACAAGUUUUAUUCAAACUGAUCAAACACGAUCUAUAUGUGCUGAGAGUAAAAAAGUUAGAGGAGCAAAAUGUAAAGAUGAUAGUGAUUGUUUCAAUAAAACAUUUACACCAUAUAUGAAUGGACGUUGGACAGGUCGAUGUUUAUUACCUCCAGACACAAAUGUUGCUAAUGAGACAACAAAUGUAACAAAAACUCCAACUGGUUUAUGUGAAUAUGCAGGUUGGUGUCCACCAGAAGAUGAUGAAAUACCGACAUUGCUUGUUCAAGGAGUUUUUGGUUUUACAAUAUUUAUGAAAAAUUUUAUUGAGUUUCCAGAGUUCGACGUUAAACAUAAAAAUAUGGUUGAUAAUUUAAAACCAUGUAUUUUUCAUCCAAAAACUAAUAAAGAUUGUCCGAUAUUUUCUAUUGAUUAUAUAAUGAAUGAAGCUGAAAAAAAUAUUACUGAACGUGAUUUAAUGUUACGUCAUGGUGGUGUUAUACGUAUGAAAGCUGAUUGGGAUUGUAAUUUAGAUCGAGAUUUAAAAUUAUGUAAACCUAAAUAUUCAUUUGCUCGUCUUGAUGUACCUUUUCAUGAAAAACCGUUUUCAGCUGGUUUUAAUUUUCGUUUUUCUAAUUUUUGGAAAUAUAAUCAGACAGAUUUUCGUGUAUUAACUAAAGCUUUUGGUCUUCGUUUUAUAGUUUCUAUUAGUGGUAAAGCUGGAAAAUUUGAUUUUAUUACAUUUACUUUAAAUAUUGGUUCAUUAGUUGGAAUAUUUGGUUUAGCAACAUUUAUUUGUGAUAUUGUUAUACUUCAUUUAUCGAAAAAAGCAAAUGCUUAUCGGAAUCAUGUCUUUGAAACUGUUCACUUAAAAACACGUCUUAAUACUGCUUUCAACGAUGUAAGAGCUCAUUUUCAAGAUAAAAAUGAAUUGGAUCCAAGUUCUUUAUCAAAUAAUAAAACAGAAUUAUCAAAUGAUAAAACAAAAUUAUCAAGCGAUAAAAAAGAAUUAUCAAAUGGAAUAAUUCAUACUAUUACACAACCAUCUCCAAGAAAAACAAUCGCGAUUCGUCCACUCAUUCUUAUGCAACCGGAUCUAUGA